GCGACCGCCAUGUUCCGGCGGGCCCGUCUCACCGUGCGGCCCAAUGUGCGGCCCCCAGGCAGGGUUGCCGCCACCGGCUCUGGCGGGGUGGACCCAGAGCCGCCGGAACCCCCAGUUUCGGACACUCCGGCGGCGGAUAGAGCAGGGACCGCGGCGGGAUCGGCGGACGCGCGGCGUGCAGAGAGUGAUGACAAGACGGAUAAUACAAGUGACACUGGGGAAGCUAGUAAACCUGCUGAGAUGCUUACACAGAGAAGAAAACGUAUCUCCACCAUGCCAAAUCUUGUCAAACCGAGAGCUGGACCAUUGUCUGCUCAGCGUUCUGCACCAAAACCGCAGAGGCGAGCGUCACAGGCAUCUGAUGGCAGUGGUUCCCUUCAGAAGGAUCCCUCCCCAUCAGAAAAAAGUAACGUUGAAAGCCCUGUAAAAUCUCCCAUGCUUCCUGAGAAGAAAACACCUGUGCCACAAGUGCCACAAUUUUCUCCACUAAAAAAAUCUGUGAACAAAGAGCAGAUCGUUGGUGUAGCUGCUCCAAAAAAUGAUGACAGCUUGCAGAAGACUGCACCCUCUCCUCUCAAGGAGAGACCAACACAGGAAAGAUCAUGCACCCACGAGGAAAAGCUGCCUGUGAAACUGUCUCCUGAGAAAGUCAAACGAACGUGUUCUGACCGUGAAAGGAUCCUCAAAGCUCGGAAAUUAAGAGAAAUGCUUAAAGAAGAGCUGAAGAAGGAGCGUAUGAAGAUGAAACACAGGCCUCCAGUAAUUGAAGGGCGUUCUCCACCAGAUCGUUCUAAAAUGACCAUGAGAGACUUAAUAUACUAUCUGCCAGAAAACAAUCCUAUGAAGUCUUCACUGGUAGAAGAAAAGAGAACAGAAAAAAGUUCUGCACUGAGUCAAAUGAAAGAACAGGAAGAGAAAAAUACUCCUGAUCGUGAAGAAGAGGAAGAGGAAGAAGAAGAAGAGGAGAAUGGGGAAGAAAGUCAGGAUGGCCCACUUCUUGUUCCUCGUGUCAAAGUAGCAGAAGAUGGUUCAAUCAUUCUGGAUGAAGAAAGCUUAACUGUGGAAGUUCUAAGAACAAAAGGUCCAUGUGUUGUAGAAGAAAAUGAUCCUAUCUUUGAGCGUGGCUCUACAACUACAUAUUCUAGCUUCAGGAAAAGUUUUUACACAAAACCAUGGUCAAAUAAAGAAACAGACAUGUUCUUUUUAGCUAUCAGUAUGGUGGGAACAGACUUCUCCUUGAUUGGGCGGCUGUUUCCUCACAGAGCCAGAGCAGAAAUUAAGAACAAGUUCAAACGCGAGGAAAAAGCUAAUGCAUGGAGAAUAGACAAAGCUUUCAAAGAAAAACGACCCUUUGAUUUUGAAUUCUUUGCUCAGCUGCUUGAGAAGGUCUUAGCAGAUGAGGAAAAGAGGAAGCAAAAGACUGUUAAAAGCCAGAGGCCAAAAGAAAAAAAGUCUCCAAGGCCACAGAAGAAGUCAAAAGCAAAAGCUGCCAGCACAGAAGCUGCUAAUGAUCAAGAUGAACUUCAGGAAGCUGGAAUUUCUGAUGCAGAAGCAGAAGCAGAUGGUGUGGCAGCUGAGAAAGAAAAUGAGGAAUCUUUGGGCAUUUCUGAACAGGCAGAAGAACAAGUUUCAUUAGAGCCAGCAAAAAAGAAGAGAAAGAAGAAGAGAAAAGAUGAUGUGGAACAGGAAGUGGAGAAUAUUCCAGAAGAAAUGCCUGUUCCUUCAAGAGAUGCUGAAGAUGGGAAGUCUUCUAAUAAAAGGAAAAAAGUGGUAAAUGAUGCAAGCAGUGAUGGUCAUACUACCUGUGGAGAAGAAGUGGAUUGUACUAUUGAAGGGAAACAAAAUGAGACUGCUGUAACAGAAGAAGAGAGAUCAGAGUCCUGUAUACCAGUGAAUAACCUAAUGGAAAGAGAAGGUGGUGUCAGUUUAUGCAGCCUUGAAGAUAGCAAUGAUGUUAUACUAGAAGCAGGAGCUGCUAUAUUGAGGACCAGAGAUAUUAGAGAUGAUACAUCACAGGAAAGCCAGAUUCCAGAGUUACCAGUUUCAAAUAUUAGAAGCAAGGAAACACAGUCUGUAGAAACUACAGAAUCAAAGAAUGAAGAUAUGCAUCACUCACAAAAAACAGAUGGAAAGCAAAGUGCAUCAGAAAGUGGUUCACAGUCUGAAAUCACGAGAACAAAAAAGUCAGCAGAUAGAAGGCAAUUGCAAAGACCUAAACCUAAUUUAGUGAGAUCAUCUGGAAGGAGGGAGAUGGCAACACAAGACAAAAUGGAAGCCAAAACUUCUCCAACCUUUGCAAAUGCAGGUGAAAAGUGCUCUGAAGAGGACAGUAGAAGAAACAGAAAUGAAGCCACAGAAGUAGAGAACAGAGAUCUGGAUACUGUAUCGCAAGAACCUGAAAAAACUGCAAUUGCAAAGACAGUAGUUAGAGGAUAUCGACAGAGAUUUAAACCUAAUGUUACAAGAGCAUCUGGAAGGAAAGAAGAGCCUGAAAAAGAUUCAAGAAGUGAUAACAUAUCCCAUCUACAGUCUAUGGUGGAAACUGAGAAGAAUAAUAACCAAGGUAAUAGAUCCGGUGUUACCAGUGAAGAUUCUGCAGAAAUAGAUGACAAAGUCCUGGAGACAAUGUCUCAGUCUAAUGAAGCAGCUGGUUUAAAAGAUGGCAAACAAAUCAUGUUGCAUCAAACAUCUCUGAAGAGAGGUAGAAUACAGAGACCAAAACCAAAUCUAGGAAGAACUGUUGCGAGGCAAAAAGAACAGAUAGAUGAAAAAGAUCCUGAAGAGGAGACAACUGAAGGUGGAGAAGCAGAAAAAGAUGUCAUACACCAUCGAGAUGAAAACAAUGAUCCCUGCCUCAAAAGUGAUUUAACAGUUCAUGAAGACACUGAGCCAUCCAGUGUGACAUUAGAAGAUGUUUCUACAGAUUCUGAGUUGAACUCAAUAUAUACAAGACAGUGUUUCCAAGAAAAAUCCUCAGAAGCAGAAAGCUAUGAAAGUGAAAAGGGAUUGUCAGAUGUCUCAAAACAGGUUUCAGAUUCCAGUACAGGGGAAUCUCAUCCUCAGAAGGAAGAGAAGAAAACUGUUGUAUCAUCAACUCGGCUAGUGAGGAUGCGAUUCCAGAGACCAAAGCCAAAUUUAAGAACAGCUAAUAGGAAGGAAGUUCUGGAUGUAAAUAGUAACAGUGCAUCACAGAAAGAUACCAACAAGGAAGAAAAUUUGACACAGUGUGAUAGUGAAUGUAGCAUCCCUCCUGACACAGAUAAAGCAGGAAAAUGUGAGGUCUUAAAUGCACUGAAAUCCUUGGGAGAGGAGAAAUCACUUUGCUCUCAGGAGGUUUCUGAGAGGCCAAGUUGUAAGUCCCCAAAAACAUAUUCAAGAUCAGAGGAUGGUGAACUGGAGUUCUGUCUACCUGAAAUUAGCCCAGAUGACAUUUCUACUACUGUUGCAGGCACUCAAGAAGAACAUCAACAAGCACCUCUUCCACCUAUACAGCUAGCACAGAACAAGAGGUACAAGCCAAACUUGGUAAGAACUUUUGGAAAGAAGGAGUUACAGAUAUCAGAAAAUGAGAGGAAGAAAAAGCCUGAAGCCGAGCAGAAAGAUGAGUUUGACAAUAUUGUCAUGGGUGAAAAUGAAGCUGUAUUGUGUCAAGCAGAUGUAUUAAGCAAAGAGGAACAGGAACAGCAAGAGGUGCCUCAGGUGCUCUCUAUUUCUGAAACCUUAUUGUCUGAACAAAGCAGUACUGAAAAAAUUACCUCCCAAGAAGGCAAGCUGAGUGCUCUGAAGCCAGGACAAUUCAUAAGGAUUGAGUCUAGAUCAAACCUAGAAAGAACAUACAGGAAAAAAAGAUCUGCAGUAGUACAAAAACUUGCUCCCCCAGAUGAAGAAGAAAUUAAUCAAAGAGAGAAUCUGCCUGUGGCAGAAGAAUCUGAAAACCCUCUCUCCUCAAAAGGUGACAUGGAGGUGUUGCUUGUGGGAAAUUUGGCCAAGAAUGAUAAUCUAGAUGUAGAUUCAAGAAGCAUGACAUCAGGAACACUUUGUUCUUCUAAAAAAUCGUCAAAUUGCAACAGCAAAAGAGAGCUGGAGGAGUGUCUAUUUACAGAUGCUAUAGGAAGCAUGCAGGAUACCACAGAAAGGUCCAACAAUAAAUUAAAUUCUGGAGUAGAAAGUGAACCAGGAGCAAGGGAACCCCAUUGGAAGCCAAGGUCAGACCUAAUGAGACUUACUAGGAAAAGAGAUUAUCCUGAAGAGUGUGAAAACAGAGAAGAGGACAACUCUGAGAAAAAAGAAGAAGAGUUUUUAGUAUUAUUAAAAACAGGUGUAUCAGGGCAAAACUUCAGUAAUACAGCGCAAACUGGAUCCUUCUCAGAAACUACAAGGAAAUACAAUUUUGUCGACAAUGUUGAAGAAAUAUCUUGUAAGAGAAUCAGACAGGACAUUACACUCCAGUCUCCAGGGAUAUCAUCAGAGAGUCAGGUAGAACAAGAUAAUGCUUCUCAGCUUUCUACCUCACAGGAAAAGCAUUCAGACAAUCUCACAAGAAGGCCGUUCAGGAGAUCAUCAAAACAGGCAGCACUGCUGGAACAUGUGUUGGAGCCAAAAACUGCUACUUCUUCUGCCUCUGAAUGUGAGGCUGAUUGCAGUGAGAAGGGGAUUCAAGGGCAAGAAGCUAAACAGAGUGUUACCAGAGACAAAAGUCUGAAAACUACACAGAGAAGAAAAUCUGGAAAGGAACCCAGAAGUUCAAAGAUAACCUUUGUCACUCUUCGGGCUUCUCAAGAGGAGGAGGAUGAGGAGCCAGAUGACUUUGAGUUUGAUGAAGAAGAAUGCUUUGCAUCAGAGGAAGUAAACAAGGCUCCAGUGUUUGUUCCUAUAGGUCUUCGAUCUCCAAAACCAAUUCCUGUUCAGAUACAGGAAACCAUAGAGGAGCUCGAAAUAUCUGUGAAUAUUCCAGAUGUGCAGGUGGCUGUUGAUGCUGAAAGUCUUUCUUCUGCUUCUAUCCAACCAGUAGUACAGAGGGAAGAAAAAGAAACAGCCAUACGUGAGACUCCAAAUGUGGACAAAGGAAUUAACGAUGGAAGCGCUGAAGCUGCUAUGACUUUACUUGCAAUGGGUGAUCCAAAUUUCCAGUUAAAAACAAGCACUGAAGAACAGACACAUAGGUCACCUGCUCAAAAUGAUUUGGACACGGCUGAUAGCCAUGUAAUUCAUGCCUACUCCAAAGAAAAUAGACCUUCUAGUCAAUAUUUGCUUGCUUCAGAUACUUCUGUGAAGGAAUUGCUGCUUUCUGAGGAUGGAAACAUUGAUGUAGAGCAUCAAAUCACUGGCACAAGAAUAAGUGUAGAAGAAUGUUCAGAGAUGGAUGCUUCUGAUACCAGUGCUAGCUCUCUGCCUGUGGUGAAUACUAUGACAGUGACAGGAGGCCGACACCUGGAGCGUGAGCCAAUCUCUGGAAUAUCAGUGUCCAGUGAAAACAUAAUGCAAGAAAUACUUAAUGCAAAUUUGCUUGUGGAAAAACUAGAGCAAAUUCAAACUGAUCCUACAACCCUGAGUGGUAACGCAGAAAUACAGAAGCUGGAACCACAAUCAAUCAAACCAGCUGCAGAUUAUUCGUCAGUUCUUUAUGACUUUGCAACUGGAAGUAUGGAACUUACCAAGCAAGUAGAUGAAACUAAGAGAACAGAAAAGCAGAUAAGAGAUGCUUUUGGAAAUUCGGGAGAUUUAAGACAUCUAACUGCAUCACCAAAACCUGAAAAAUCACACCUUGGACUAGAAGAUUGUCCAAAUCUGAGUUCUGUGGAUGAACUGUCUGAGCAAAAUCCUUGUCCUCUUGAGCACCAUAUAGGUACAGUCAACUUUACUCAGAAUGAAGCUUGUAAUCAGGAUGCUCAACAACAUUGCAUAAGGAGCACAGAAGAAACUUCAGUAGUGAAUGAUGAUCAUAGAUGUCCAGAGGAAGAACAGACAUUCAUUUUAACAUUGGUGGAAAUCCCAGCUGACGCAAAAGAGUUUGAUGCAUCUGCUGUGGUGGAACAAACUUCAGAACCAGUACUACCAGCCCCAAUACUUAUCAGCUCAAUAAACGCAAGUGAAACAACUGUGGAUGAAGUGGAGAGUAUUGGAUCCUUGACAACUGUAGCUGGUGAAGUUGCUGCACCUUUAAACAGCAGUAUGGAAACCAAACAACCAGCUCAAAAAUGGUUGGCUCCUGAGCUUGAAGAGAAUGAUUUUUCUCCUUCCAAGAAAGCUCCUGUUGCAGUGGAAGAUAACCUGGAAACCACGUACAAGGGUUAUUCAAUUAAAACCACAGAUGUCCCAGUGGUAACUUCUGGGAAUCCUUUUCAAAAAAUAGAGUCUUUGGCAAAGGAGGAAAUACUUACUUCUGUAUUGGUGUCUGAGUCUAUGUCGCAACUGGCUGAGAGAAGCCAGCUUGAGACUUUGGAGAGUGUAGGGAAAGUACCACUUGAGAAUCCAGCAUCCAAAAAGGGCGAGGAUGUUAUGUCUAGAUUAACCUCUAACAGAAAUGCAGAAAGAAGUGGACAAGAAAAGCAGGAGUAUGAGCAUGAAUGUGCACAGUUGGAAGAUACUGGAAACCCAGCAUCAUCUUCAAAAACUCCAUUACUCAGGGGUGGACGAAAACCAUUGGGAUUUUUAUCUUUAAUUUGCAAAAAAAGUAAUUCUGAAUCUGCAGAAGACACCAAAGGCAAUAGAGGGAAGACCCAAAAGCCUCGAAUUGUGACUCCAAAACGAAGUCUAAAGAAACCCACUCCACCCACUAGGCGUGAUAGGGAAUCUUGUUCCUUUCCCUCUACUUCAUCAUCUCUGGAACAUGAACAGGUAGCUGCUGAUGCUGCAGUUACGGUUCCGAGUAACAGCUCAUCUGAGAAGCCGCCUCUCUGUGCUAAAGAUCAAGAGAAGGAAGGCGAGCCCACCAAAAUCUCUGAGUACUUUUUCAGUGACAUCUUCAUGGAAGUGGAUGAUUCAGAAUAGCAAAUGGGUAUUAUAAAAACCUAGGAUCAGAAUAUACUGGCCAAGAAAAGAGUAUUUUAACAGUUCCAAUUUGUUCUGAUACUCAUGCCACACUUACUGUCAGCCAGUAAUAACAGUACUCUUUUAAAUUAAUGUUGUGAAGAUGAAAUGGAUUAUUUCUGAAGUAACACCGAGCACUUUCAAAAUGCUGACAUAGUCUAAACCGCUACAAUGAUGUCAUUGGACCAGACUGCUGACUGCUGGCUUAUGGUUUCACUUGUCUAGACACUGAUAGUGAGUGCAUGACUAUCCUACAGAAAAAUGCAAUGAAAUAAUGUUUAAUCUUGCAACAAGUAGCCUUUUCCAUUUUAAUGCUAAAGCUUUUUGGUACUGACUGUUCCAAGUUCUUUACUUCUUUUUGUGAAGUACGUGUUUACAUUAGAAAGAGGAAUGAACCUUUUGGAUAUAAUGUAAUAUCUGAAGAUCAGAGUGCAAAUACCAGAAGUGGUGUAGUAAAUACAUACAUACAUAUAUAUGGCAAGCAUUGCAGGUAUUUUUAUUGGUAUCUCCAAACGGCAUAUUUUUAUAAGAGUUUUUUAACCACAUAAUUUAAAAGAUCCUAACGUGAAAAGCCCAAUAGGAUUGGUUCCUUAAAAAUGUGUUGCAAACUUAAAAACACAAUUCACUAAAAGAUGAUAACUCAAGGCUAAUGUUUCCAAACUUUUUUAUUUCUUGAAGGAAGAGAUGGAUGUUUCCUUUCUAGUAUAAAUGGUAAUUUUCUUCUACAUUGGAAAAGAAAACUAUAGAUACAAUUUUUCUUUGUUUUUACAUGUAGUUGUUUGUAUAGUAGCUGACUUCCUCAGUUUCCCUUGUGCAAAGCAGCACAAAGAGAUUGGAUUUAAACCAUGAUCAUACAAUGUCACUUUUGAAGAUCUGCUGCUUUGAAACAGUUGAAUUAAACGGGGUUUCUCAUGUCCAGUGUCUGCUUGUACUGUAACUUGCUAUAAAAUUCUAAUGUAGCUUUAGAUUUUAGUCUAAGUUUUUGCAUAUCUUAUCAAGAAAUUUGUCUUGAGGUAAUUAGGUUUAUGUACUCUCAAAGUCAGGUGGUCACUGAAAGAUUCAAUAUUUAGUCUGAAAUUCCUGCUUACAUGAGUUGAGUCGUAUUAAAAAUUUUCCCAUUACUUAAUACUUGCAGGUACUUUUGCAGAACAAUUCAUUAUGAAGGGUGAAACUGAUGUUUAAAUGGUAUUGUUAAUAUUCUCAAGAAACCUAUCAUCAGGUUUGGGCUGGGUAAUCCUUUACUGACAGGUAAAUAAUACAAAUAAGUAGUUAAUUUUGAAAUAGUUGAUGAAGUUCGAGAAUGUUUUUCUUUUCAGAAGUUAUUGGCAAGGCCUCUGAAGGAACCUUUAAAAUUUUGUCAGAGAGGAGAAAUACAGAAAAAAGCUACUGUUACUGCAAAUUGGUAUGUUAGCUGGUCUCUGCCAAUGAAAUGUCCCUAGCAGCAGUAUUCCUUGAGUUGAUGGAAAAGGGACUAGUGGUCCCGGUGUAGAGUAACUUACUUGGAAGCAUCUGAUCUACCCACCCUACCCCCCAAAACACCCUCUAAAACACCAUCCAGUUUCUGUUCAGAUGGUAUCUUGUGCUUUGCCUAAUCCGUUUAACUUGAAAUGUUUAUCUAAAUAUUGUUUUACUGUAAACAUUAUGAAAGAGAUUAAUGUAUACAUGUAACUCUAUGUGUUUGUAUAUCUUGUAGAUAUCAAGUAUGCAAGUGUUUACUUCCUGAUAUGCUUGGCAUGUUUAUAUCACUUGCAUUCAUAGAGCCUAAAAAUAGCUUCUUGGGGAGUGGCUAUGAGGUAAUUGCUGUGAGUACCUUCUGAGUGAGUUCUGAGGGGAUAAUCAUUCUACAUUUAGUUGCAUACAUUUUAGCUUGUAUUCAUGUUACAAGGGGGAAAAAAUCAACUACUUCAUUACUAAGAUUUAUGGUGCCUUAUCUGCAUUGUUAAUUGGGGCUGUGCUUUCUCUUUCCUUGCAGCAAAUUACAUGCACUUUGUUAGAGUUGUUUUUUUGUUGUUGGUUUUUUUUUUAAGAACAAAUUCAAAUUGAAUAGAAAGAAGACAAUUUUGUGUUCUUUUUUGUGUAUGGAAGCUUUAUAAUGCGGAAGGAGGUAGGAAGAUAUAAUUGAAAUCUCAAUAUGUAUGGGUAGCAUUUUUACAAAGGUGUGGCAUAAAACUGCUUUGCUUAGAGUUGUCUGACACUGUAUCAUCAUAUAUAAGCUUUCCGUGUCAAAGGAAGUAGUCCUAUUCUGUAUGUAAAUUAUGUGAAUAAAUUAUUUUCUUUUA